GAGAAAUAAUAGAUUUUAGAAGGAUUAAAGAGAAGGGGAGGUGGGGAGACGUGAGCGAGUCUCUUCUGGUCGGUGAUUGAGAGAAAUCCUUCAGUUUGCUUCUCGAUUUUGUUAUCCUCCUCUGUAGGGGCAGAAGAUAAGCUCACGGAAAGAUUCGGAAGAUCCGCAGACCUCCCCUUUUUGGUUACCAAUCCAUUGUUUUGAACCAGAAAUCGGAUUUCUUUUUGAUUUUGAUCUGCUCACCCGAGCUCUUCGAGGCGGCGGCGGUGGUAUUGGACAGCUAGGGGAGGGAUUUCGUUGUUUCUUAUUGGGAAAGAGAAGUCCAAAGAGUCGGUUCAUGAUAAGCAAAGCAUUGCGUCUUUGACGAGCCAAAGUUGCCUCUUUGAUUAUCCCCUUGUUUUCGUCUUGUUCUUUUUUUUUCUUGGUGGAUUGCGUUUGGAGGAUGAGGAAAGAUGCGCGCAGGCAUCUGGCCGAUGGUUUUCCGAGGAAUGGCAAGGGCGGCGCUGGCAACGGGUUCUUCUCGGCGCGGUCGCUGGCGAACUACGUCAGGAUUAUGUCGUCAGGAGCAUCCAACGUCGCAUCUACUGUGCGUUCAGCAGGGGCGUCGAUAGUGUCUUCGAUGUCUGAUUGCCAUGAGGAUGUAGGCCGCGACCAGGUGCAAUGGGCUGGAUUUGACAAGUUGGAAUAUGAAGGAUGCUUUAGGUUAGUUCUCUUGUUGGGUUUCAGAUCUGGCUUCCAAGUCUGGGAUGUUGAUCAGGCAGAAGAUGUGAGACAGAUAGCAUCAAGACAUGAUGGCCCUGUUUCCUUCCUUCAAAUGCAAAAGAAAUUAUAUCCAUCAAAGAAGUCUCAAGAUAACUUUGCAGGAGUUCGUCCUUUUCUUAUUGUUGUUGGGGUGGGUUCUGUGACUUUGGAUGGCAACAACCAUGAAGGGUUUGGUUCUUCUUUUGAUGGAUCCGCAACUGAUCAGGAUAAACGAAGUGACAGUCUGUUGCCUUCUUAUAUCCGAUUUUAUUCUCUAAGGACCCAUGAGUAUGCACAUGUCUUAAAAUUUAGGGCAUCUAUCAUCUCUGUCAGAUGCAAUUCUCAGUUAAUUGUGGUUUCUCAAGCUACCCAGAUAAAUUGUUUUGAGGCUACCACUUUGGCAAGAUGUUAUACGAUUCUUACUUACCCAAUAGGUGCAACAUCUCCCGAUUCUAGUGGGCUAGGCUAUGGACCAUUGUCAAUUGGUACAAGGUGGUUGGCCUAUAGUGGUAAACUCCUUGCAGUUUCAAAUACUGGCCGUGUCAGUCCUAAACAUCUGAGUUCAGUUAAAAGUGUAUCAGUGUCACAUUCUAACAGUGGUUUGGUAGCAAACUUCGCGAAAGAAUCAAGCAAGCAGUUAGCUGUUGGUUUAGUGACACUUGGAGACAUUGGAUAUAGGAAGCUCUCCAAAUAUUAUUCGGAUUUUCUCACCGAUGACAGUGACUCCGCAAGACAUGGAAAUUCCAGCUUAAAACUCAAUGAUACCAUGAAUGAGCAACUAUCUGAUACAGAAUAUGUGGGCAUGGUCAUAGUUCGAGAUAUUCUUUCCAAAUCAGUAAUAGCUCAGUUCAGGGCACACUCAAGUCCCAUUUCCGCAUUAUGCUUUGACCCUAGUGGAAUGUUAUUGGUGACAGCUUCUGUUCAUGGUCACAACAUCAACAUUUUUGGUAUUAUGCCCUCUCCAAAUCCAGGCUCUACCGAGUCUGAUGCAAAAGGAUCUUAUAUUCAUCUUUAUAGGUUGCAGCGUGGCAUCACAAAUGCAAUUAUUCAGGAUAUCAGUUUUAGUUAUGACAGUAAAUGGAUAAUGAUAAGCUCAUCAAGAGGAACGAGUCACUUGUUUUCACUCUCUUCGUUUGAGGCUGCUACAAAACCUCAUUCAGUUGGGGUUCAGUUUGCAAACAACUUCUAUGGGUCAGAAAUAGUCAAUGCAGCAGAAACUUCAUCUUCUCCAAACCAUAUGCAUGCGGGCCUUCUUUCAUCUGGGACUCCAGUCACAUUAUCAUCUGUAACUAGAAUAAGAAAUGGGAAUCAAGGUCUAAAAGGUGCUGUCAGUGGUGCUGCUGCAGCAGCUACUGGUAAAGUCGGCCCACUUAGCGGUGUCAUUGCUUCAGUUUUCCGUAACUUCAAGGAUUCUCGUCUUCACACUGACUUCAGCUCAGUGAUGUCAACAUAUUAUUUAAUGAUUUUCUCUCCUGCUGGCUCCAUUAUACAGUACGUGUUGAGGGAAUGCAAUGGUGAUCAUUAUGGCAUCAAUGUGUCUGGCAUAGGUAAUAAUAGUUCUUAUCAGUCAACAAAGGAAGCCAAUUCACGGUUCAAUAUUGAGGCACUUCAGAAAUGGGAUGUCUGUCAUAAACGAAAUAGAAGAGACAAGUGUGAUAAUGUGGACAUAUAUGGGGACAAUUUGAACAACCAGAGUACUACUAAACAUUUCCCGAAAGUGAACAAAAGGGGAACUGUUCAGCCUGCUGGUACCGGUGUGGACAUGAGAACCAAUCUUGGUGAGGAAGAAAGUCAGCACACAUACUUAUCAGAAGUUGAGUUGCAUGUAUAUGAUGCUAGGACUCCCCUAUGGGCAAAGUCACAGAUAUGCUUCCAAGUGAUGAUGAAUGAGAAUAUUAAAGCAUAUGAUAGCAGUACUUACCAUGGGGAAAUUGAGAUAGAAAAUAUCACAAGCCGUACAAUUGAGGCUAGAUCAAAAGGCCUAGUACCAGUUUUUGACUACCAUACAUCCAUGCUCCAGAAACCAAGAAUAAAUGCUUCUCUUGGCAACAAAACAGAACCUUUGGUUCAGCAGAAAUCAGGACAAUCAGACAAUGGAAACUAUUCACGCACAAUGAGCUGUAAUUCCUUGGACCAUGGUUAUGGUAGUCCACCAGUAGCUGAAUCUCCAAAUGGGAUCAGCCAUAAUGGCUGGAGUCAGUCCAUAACAGAAACUGAUGGUUUUGUAAAUAACUUUAAUGACCAAGAUAAUUUAACUGAACAUUUGCAUGAUAGUGAAAGCCCAAUGUUGGAGGCACAACUUGAGCAUAUAGACAACUGAAAGAAUGUGAAAUCAAGGAUCUCCUCAGAUGAAAACUAAAAUGGGAUCAGUCAAGAUCGGUCUCCUGAAGUCUCAGUCCAUGUAGAAACUAUUCUUUUAUUUUCUCUGAAGGUAUUAACCUUAGUGCACAUAAAUUUCUGAAUACAUCUUGCCGAAAUGUGAAGCAGAGAAAUGUUUGAUCUCUAAAUGGAAGGUUCUAAUGUUAGCAAGUUGGAAUCCCAUUACUCAUUUGUAAAUUAAAACCAAAAGUAUACACAUCAGAUACUAAUAAGCAUCCCUAAGUUGUACAUAUACAGAACAUCUGCCUUGUGUAAAAAAAUGUAGAUUUGAUGAAUACUGUAAUUGAUUGUUUGUUUCUUUACUCAAACAUAUCUCUCCCUUUAGAUUUCAAAGGAAAAUGAGACAUAAAAUGUACUUUCUAUAAGAUACUCUGUA